CGAUGCUGUGCUCGGCGAGGGCCCAGCCCUAGUGCUGCCCGCGUCGCCGGUCCGCGAGUUGGGGUUAGCCACUCUGCCCCCCGUUUCUUUCCCCUCCACCCCCGGUGCGAUCGCCGCGGCCGCCCGUGGGGAUGCGGGCGCGGCGCUAACCAGUCCGCCAUGGAAGGGCCGAGCGGGUCCAGCUUCGGGAUAGAUACGAUCCUAUCGGGCGGCAGCUCCGGCAGCCCCGGAGUCAUGAACGGAGACUUUCGCUCCCACGGCGACGGCCGGCAGGCGGAUUUUAGGAGCCAGGCCACGCCGUCGCCCUGCUCGGAGAUCGACACGGUGGGGACGGCGCCCUCGUCGCCCAUCUCGGUGAGCAUGGAGCACCCCGAGCCGCACCUAGGGGCGGCGGAGAGCCUCCCGCCGCCACCGCACCACCUCCACCUCGGCCCGCACCCGCCGCCACCGCCGAGUUUGCAGCCGUCACCCCCGCAGCCGCCACCGCCCCAGCUGGGCUCGGCCAGCUCCGGCCCCAGGACUUCCACCUCUUCUUUUUUAAUUAAGGACAUUUUGGGCGACAGUAAACCCCUGGCGGCGUGUGCACCUUACAGUACCAGCGUCUCUUCUCCCCAUCACACCCCUAAACAAGAGGGCAGCGCGGCCCCGGAGACCUUCAGGCCCAAACUGGAGCAAGAGGAUGGCAAAGCCAAGCUCGACAAACGCGACGACACGCAGGGUGACAUCAAAUGCCACGGGACAAAGGAGGAGGGAGACCGGGAGAUCACCAGCAGCCGGGACAGUCCGCCGGUGCGGGCAAAGAAGCCGCGGAAGGCGCGGACCGCCUUUUCCGACCACCAGCUCAACCAGCUGGAGCGCAGCUUCGAGAGGCAGAAGUACCUGAGCGUGCAGGACCGCAUGGACCUGGCAGCCGCCCUCAACCUCACAGACACGCAGGUGAAAACCUGGUACCAAAACCGGAGGACGAAGUGGAAGCGGCAGACGGCGGUGGGCCUGGAGCUGCUGGCUGAGGCCGGCAACUACUCGGCGCUGCAAAGGAUGUUCCCCUCGCCCUAUUUCUACCACCCUAGCCUGCUGGGCAGCAUGGACAGCACGACGGCGGCAGCAGCGGCCGCGGCCAUGUACAGCAGCAUGUACCGGACUCCCCCCGCGCCGCACCCCCAGCUGCAGCGGCCGCUGGUGCCACGGGUGCUGAUCCACGGGCUGGGGCCCGGCGGGCAGCCGGCCCUAAAUCCCUUGGCCAACCCCAUGCCUGGCACCCCACAUCCCCGGUGAAGCGGCACAGCGGUCCCCGCAACGAGCCCUUCCCCUCCCCGUCCCCAAAAAAGCCCCAGCACCGCAGAGGAGGAAGCGAGGGGAAACCGAGGGGCAGGAGCUUCUGCACGCAGCCACCGGCCACCGAGGGAGGCGAUCAGUCAGAGCAGGGACUCUUGAACCGUGAACCCAGAGCCGAGCCCGUAAGUGAAAAGACCACACGCGGGGGAAGGCGGGCAGAACCGCGGGGCGACCCGCCGACCUCGGCUCCUGCUAGGCAGGACUUGGAGCUCGGAAAGAGAGAGGGACGGAGGGGGAGGAGGUGAGGGAAAGGGAGCCCAGACCUGCCGAAGAGACUAACGGCUGCAGAGGACGGAGGGAAUGAGAACGCCUCGACCCCCGCGCAGCAGAGAAGACCGGGGGAAACGGAGAACUUUGCACUGAUUUUUCUCAUGACCUUUUUUUUUUUUUUCCCUUUCUUUCUUAUUGAAAAGUGGCAUGCUCCCUAAUGCGAACAGAAUUGUACAGACCGAGUGCUGAGUGCUAUAUCAUAUUUAUUAUAUGUCGUAAAAAAAAAAAGAAAAAAAAAAAGGAAAGAACCUCACUUCUAUGCGUUAGUUUAAAAUGAAUGAACGUGAUUUCCCUCCCCCCCCCCCCCCCCCCCCUUUUCAUGUCUUUUUGGAUUCAGCAAAAUAAAUGCUUAGAUGACAAAAUAUAGAUUUUUUUUUUGGUGAGUUGAAAAUUACAAGAGAAAAAAAAAAAA